AUGUAAAACAAUAAAAUCAUUUACUAAUAACCAAAAGAGAAAAGAUCCUUCUUGUCUCGUUUAUGUUCUUGUUUUGAUUAUUUCAAAAAGAAUCCAAAACAAAUAUAUUAAUAUCAUCCAGAAAUCGAUACUCCUAAAUCUUCAUUUAUUGUAUUAGAAUAUACUAUUAUAAAUAGGGAUAAAGAAAAAUAAUUGUUUUAGACUUGGAUGAAACAUUGGUGCAUAGUUAAUUUGAAUAUAUUGAUUAACAUGACUUUACAAUUGAUGUAUUUCAUCUAUAGAUAACCCUUAGAUUGCUGUAUAAUCACAAAAUUUCAAGGUAUAUGUGAUUGUUCGUCCUGGAGUUAAGAAAUUUAUAGAAUAACUUAAUCAUUUCUAUGAUAUCAUUUUUUGGACUGCAAGUAUAAAAGAAUAUGCAAUACCAGUAAUGGAUUUUAUUGAUCCAGAUGGAAAAGCAAUAGAGAGAUUAUUCAGAGAUAGUUGUACGCCUUUAAAAAAUAGUUUCACAAAGGAUUUAACUAAGUUGGGGAGAGAUUUAAAGGAUGUAAUAAUAGUUGAUGUAACGAUAUAAUAUUGUUUAAUUAUUAGAAUUCAGUAUUUUCAUUUAUUAUGAAUCCCAAAAAUGGGUUAAAGAUUAAUGAUUUUUUUUAUGAUAAAUAUGAUAAGGAACUAGAAUCCAUAUUGCCAUUUUUGAUUUGGAUAUCACAAGUAAGAUGUUCAAUUACUUUUUAAGUUGUCUGAUGUAAGACCAAUUUAAAAUCGAUAUUAAGAGUUUUUGAAUAGAAAGAAAUUGGAGAAAAAGAAUGAUGAAUAACAAGUUUUAUAUGGAUUAUCAAAAACUGUUUCUAUUCAGAGGAAGAAAUUAAAUCAGAAGAGUUUCAUAAAGACAUUAACUGAACAUGUAGCAAAUAGGGGAAAAGUUGGUAAGGAUGAUACAAACGAGAGCGAGAAGGAAACCUUUGAAAUAAUUAAUUCAUACUGA